AUGGAACCACACAAUCCAACCAUGAACCAAACAUUGGCACAGCCCAUGAAUCAAACUAUGAACAACAAUCACCAAGUUCAAACCCCAACCCAUCCUCAAAUCCAGCCUCAGAUCCAACCUCAAACCCAUCCUCAAACUCAUCCUCAAACCCAUCCUCAAGUCCAGCCUCAAGUCCAGCCUCAAAUCCGACCUCAAAUCCAACCUCAAAUCCAACCUCAAAUCCAACCUCAAAUCCAACCUCAAAUCCAAUCUCAAAUCCAACCCGGACCCGACUUCCUCUUCAUCCCCUACCCACCCCAAGCCCAAUCACAAGACCAGCACCACCAAACCGAAAUCCUCUUGCACAUCGACGCCGCCAACAACCAGCCAAUCUGCAUCCUAUCCAACAACUCCCAACCGACAACAACCACAAUCGACCCCGCCAUCAUAAUCACCAACCCAACCUCCUACAUCUUCGCCUUCCGCAACCCCCACUCCCUCUACCACGCCUUCGCCAACCCAACCAUCUACACCCUCCUGACCCGACACGCGCACUACAUCCGACUCUACCUCCUCCACGACCUGCAAAUCGGCUACCUCCCAUGCUCCCCGCACCCACUGCCCUUCUCAUCCCAGAACCGGGACAGCCUGUUCUUCUUCGACUGCGCCACCGACCCCAACAUGCACUACAGCACCCCGCCCCGCCUCCCCUGCAUGCCCAGCUCCACACACCCCGUGAUGCUCAACAACGAUUGCAAUAAUAUCUGCGCGAUCUCGUGGCCGGGCUUUGAUAAGCUCAUGGGUGGUUGGCGCUUCGCGUGCAGGGCUAUUCCCCGCGGCCAUGAUGUCUGGUAUAUGGUCUUUAAUCUGGCGUCGAGGGGUGGGUGGGUGCCCCUGGGCGUGGGCAGAUCGUUGCAGUUGCUUAGUACGGCGGUUUGUGUGAAGGAGAGGGUUAAGGGGAGGUUUCGGUGCGUGGUGGAUGGGUGUGCUAGGGGGGUGGUGGAGAGGUUUGAUGGGUUUUUGGCGGCGAAUGUGGCGACUUUGGGGUGGGCGGUUGUGGGGGAUGAGGAGAUGGUGGAGGUUAAGGUUGAGGAGAGGGAAGGUGUGGAGGGUGUCAAAGGUGAUGGUGGUGGUGGUGGAGGAGUGAUUGUUCAUGCUGGUGAGUGCAUGGUGAUUGAUGAUUGA